GGUUACGUCGCAAUUUAGUCAUUGGCGCUACAUAUGCUGGUCUUUUCAGAAACCAUUCUUGAUAAUGUUUACACUUGUAGUAUUGAUCUGUAGUUUCAUUAUAAAUCUACUUCAUCCCUGUUUCUAACUCCAACGAAUAAUUAUCAACUAAUUUCAUCGUCAUCUCAGUUAAUCUACAUGUCUGUAAUUACAUGGGACCACGUUGACAAUCAGAAAACUUUACUAACAGAAAAACAACUAGAGUCAGUAUUUCUGCUGAAUUCACUGAAUUCAAUACACGGAGAAACUACAGUAAGCAGUACUGCUACUCAUACGACCUUCAAUACUAAUCAGACUGACAAAUACGAGUAUCAAACUACCCAACAUGAUGUGUCUAUACAAUCAGCCUCACAUUUCUAUUCAUGGCUAUGGUCUGUUGAACAAAAACUUAGUGCUGAAAUACCUGAAGUACCAAGCGAAUUUUUGACCUUUUUAUCUCGUAAAAAAUUGGAAUGUUCAAAAGUUUUAAGCAUCGUUGAAGAAAUUUUGUCUAAAUUAUCGAUUUUGGAAAAUAAUUACUUAAGCAUAUCGCAGAGCACUAAUGAGUUACAUGAGUUGUGCGAACAUCUAUUAAGACAACAAAAUGAAAUGAUUGAAUAUGCUAGUUCAAUUGAAGAAUGUCUAGCCAAUUUUGUUCAAGUGGAUAUGUUACAAGCUGAACUUGGAGUUUCCAAUUUCGUCGUAUCUCGUGAGAAGUUGCUGCCAAUUCUAAAUAAGCUUGAUUCAAGUUUACUUUAUUUCCUAGAACAUCCAAAUUUCAAAGAAUCUCCAAACUAUUUAAUCAAGGUGAAAUCCUCGCUUAAAAUAGCUCUUGAAUACAUUAAAAAUAAUGUAACUAAUGCCAUAGAAAGAACCAUAAAUGAGCUUCUGGAAUUGCAUGAUGUUAUCAGCCCUGAGAACUCAUUUAUUUUACUUUACGGACGAUUUCGUUCACAAGGACCAAAAAUACGCUCAUUGAUGACACUUUUAGAAGAAAGAAUACACGUUACUGAUGAGUAUGCUCAGGUAAUUCAAGAGUGUCAUAAAUUUUACUUACAUCAUCGAGAAGAGUUAUUGACACCUGUUGCACAAAAUGGAGUUUCAGAUCUACUUCAAAAAUAUACUGGUGAUCAUUGUACACUACUUCGCACUGCUGGAACAUUCAUAUUACAUAUGUGUGAAGAUGAAAUGCGUUUGUUUAAUCAAUUCUUUUCAUCAAACUUUUCACAAUCAAUUAAUCAAAUGUUGUCUAAAUUAUGUCGAUGUUUGUAUGAUGCUGUUAGACCUUUAAUAAUUCAUAUCAAUCACGUUGAAAUAUUAUCUGAACUUUGUGAUAUAUUGAAAGAUGAAUUACUUCAACAAGAUGAUCCUAAAAAGACAAAUAAUUCACCAGAUAUGCUGGCAUUUACUGAUCUCUGUGGAAUGUUGUUGGCUGAUAUUCAAGAAAGAUUAAUAUUUCGUGCACACAUAUAUAUUAAAUCACAAAUUUUUGGUUUUGUUCCAAGUCCUGGAGAUCUUUCUUACCCUGAAAAAUUGGAAAUGAUGAACGACAUAGCAAAAAGUAUUUCGAUGCCUAUUGAUUCAAACAAUUCACCGGAUAAAGAAAAGGAGCAUGAAAACUCUGAGGCAAUUGUCUCUGAAAGUGAUUCUCCCGAGUCUAAUUUACAGAAUAAAUCUACUACUUCUGAUUUGGCAAUUCAACCAGGACCUAAUAUGUCUUUAGCUCCAGCAGAUUUACAUGGUAUGUGGUAUCCAACAGUACGUCGUACUUUGGUAUGUCUCUCAAAACUCAAUCGUUGCCUAGAUGCUGAUUCGUUUCGUGGUUUAGCCCAAGAAUGUGUAUCCAUGUGCGUUCAGUCAUUAGUUAAAGCAAGUGAUUCGAUUAGUCUCCGUCGGACAACCAUUGAUGGUCAAUUAUUUCUUAUCAAACAUUUGUUAAUACUUCGUGAACAAAUGGUACCAUUUGGCAUCGAAUUUUUAGUUAAAGAAACUAGCCUAGAUUUUUCUCCAUAUAAAAAUGUAGCACGCAGCAUUUGGGAACAAAAAGGAACUGGGUUAUUCUCAUUAAAUAAAGAAAAUGCAUUAUUACGAUUUCUGUUAGAAACUCCAAACGCUAUUGAUAUUGAAUUGGAUUCUAGACGUCAGUUAGAUAGUCAAUUAAAAUAUACUUGUGAACUACUUAUUGAACAACAAGUUUUACAACUAACCGGCGAAAUGUCAAAUUUUCUUAAACGGGCUCAUUCAAUUCUAGCCGCUCCAGGUGCACGUCUUGCUGACCAACCGUUCGCAAAUCCAUCAUACAUAAAGGAAAUAGUUUCGAAUGCGCACAGAUCACUCUGUAUAGCACUUGGUCGUAGUUCUAGUUCAAAUCAUCCUGAUACAGUAAAACACCAUACUGUGCCAAAUUUACGAAACUGUCUACAUAUUUAUCUAGCUAAUCCUGAUACAGAAAAUAUCCUAUUACGUCGUAUUCAAUCAGGUAUUAUAUCACAAUGGAGAUCUAUGUAUCAAUUGGUAACUGAUAAUUAUAAUGAUGAAGAUCGUAUAAUAAUCGGCUGUCCAACAGAAAGUCAAGUAAAUCAUUCUUUUAUUUAAAUUUCUAGCGAACUAACAUGGCAGUUGUAUAGGAAAAAUAGCAUUAUUAUUGAAUCGAUCUAUAUAUUUGUACUGUUUAGCUGAAUUUUAUGUGAGUUAAACUUUCUCAAUAUACCAUCUAAAUGUUCUGUUCUGAUAUAACUUCCUCCUUUCGAAACUCAAUAACUUGACUCAAAGUCUACAUUAAACUGAAAGUUCUUAGUCACAGUAGCUUGUAUAUCCAUUACAAAUCUAGGUAAAAAUCCAUUGGAAUAAGGGUUAGUACGAUUUGAUUUGGAUACUGAAAAUAAAGCCUCAACCUUGUAACCUAGCUGUUCAAAGUUGGAUCUUCUAAAAAUUAAGUCACUAUUUAACUUUAUUUCAUUUUUUUUAUUUGCAUAAACUGAAAAGUUAACAGAUGUGGACUAUUUUACAUUCUUGUGAACAGAUGAAGCUUAAUGAUUGUUGAAUAAUAUCGGUAAUUUGAUUUUUUAGAAAAUCUACUGAAAACAGUGACAUUACUUGCAGCUGUUUAUAAUUACGUUUUUUCUGUUAGCACAAAGGUACUUAAAUUGUCAAUACCCUUAACUGUGCAGUUUAUAAUUCUUAGCGAGUGCAUUAAAAAAGUUCAGAAUCAAUUGUACACUUCAAUGUAACGUUUUGUCAUCUUGUGCAACCUUCACUACACACAACACACUUAUGCACUUUUAGUAAUGAUAGCAUAAAAUACUACUUAUUUUCAGUAUAGAGUUGUGGAGAUUGUUGAACCUCCUCAGCAGGAUGAAACGGUGGUCUAGUGCUUCCAUGUUUUUAAUGGUGGUCUAAAAUUAAUCAAUUCAUGAUCUCAAUUACUGUUUGUUUGUGUCCAUGAAUAAAAAAAUACUCUCUUAAUGUAAUGAAUUACAUUAUUAUCGUCUUGAAGGAAUAUAGUUAUCCAAUUUACCGCAUAUUGAUAAUCCUAUUUAUUUAUUAAACUCAAUUACUUUCGUAGUUUUAAUUAAUUAUUGAUGUAAUUUCAUAUACAAGUCUCUUGAAGUCAGUUACUAGUGAGCA